AAACGAAUUGCAUUGACUUCUGAAAAAUCAAGACAGCAACAACAUCAACAACCUUCUUCCAAUCGUAGUCGAAGUAAUAAUGAUGAUAAAAACCGACAAACUAUCGAACCUGGUCAACAACCAUGUAAUAACUUAUCAUUAUCCAAUAACCACAAGAAGAAUAGUUCAAGACGAUUUCCCAAAGAUAACAAUUCAACAUUAGAUUUUGAAAAAUAUUUAGUUGAUAUCAAAGAAGGUUUUUACCAAAUCCAUCAAGAACAGUUGAAACUUUGA